UAACUCCUAAAGCCUUUUCCAACGGUGUGCAUGUUAAUCCAUUCUUAUUCACGAAAUCUUGGGAAAUAAAUGAGUGUGUGGCACCGGUAUCAAAAAGAACUGUACCAACUGAAGGAGGAAUGAGUAGUUUACCGAUGACAACAUCUGUAGCUUCUCCUAGUUGCUCUGCAGCCACAUAAUUCAGCCUUGGUUGUCCUCCUACAUGUCCUCCAUGCCCAGCUCCUCUUGCUGCAUAGUUCAUAGGUCCGCCUUGUCCUCGCCCAGCUGGUGGACGAUGCACUUGAGUCUGAUGCAUAGGUGGCCUUGUAGGAUUUGCGGAAGGAGGGUGCAAUUGAGCUUGUGGUGUCCUGGUCUCCCACAAUUGAAGCAAAGUCCUGUGUCCGUCAUACAAUCUCGAGUAGCAUGCCCUUUUCCACACUUCCCACAUUUAGGAACAAAGGUUGGCUGAGUAGGAAAUCUAGGCCAUGGUGGUGUCAUAUGAGGACGCACUGGUCCAGGCAUCAUAGGACGUGGGUGAUGCAUCAUGGGGCGUCGGUCUACCCUUGCUUUCUUCCUUCUUUCUUCACUUAGGUUGGCAUGCUCAUUCUCAAGUAUGAAGGCCCUCUUGACAAGGUCUUAAAACUGGGUGAUCCCAUGAAUCGAGAGGUGCUUUUUUAGGAAUGGAUGCAGCCCCUCCAUAAACUUUUCCACCUUCUUGGCUUCUUUAUUCACAUCAUCCGGAGCAUACCUUGCCAAAUCAUUAAACUGGUUUAGGUAGUCAUUUAUCCUCUUACUACCCUGAGUUAGAUUGCGAAACUCCCUCUUUUUGAUAUCCAUCUUUCCCUUUGGGAUAUGGGUCUCACGAAAAUUCUCCUUGAACUCCUCCCAAGUGAUAGGCUGAUUAUUUGCUCGGUUAAGGCUGAAAUUUCUCCACCAAGCUGCUGUUGGUCCGGUUAGCUAGUGCGAUGCAUAUCUCACCUUCUCUUCAUCUAAGCACCCCACGGUUUCCAGAUUGUGUUCUACUUCUAACAACCGGUCAUCUGCCUCUAGUGGAUCCACUGCCUUGGAGAAUGUGGGUGGCUGAGUUUUCAGAAAUUCUCCCAAGCUAACUCCUGCACCAGGUAGGUUUGCUCCUCCAGGAACUAGUCUUGUCAGUAUUGCUUCGAGGAAACGGUUCUGGUUCUCUUGGGACACCCUUCGAGAAUUCUCCAUGAACUUAGGGACAUCUCCCAGAUUGCCUUCUCCACCCAUAAGUCCAGAAGUUCCAGCAUUGCCAACUUCUGGGUUGCUUGGAAGUUGUGCCGGUCCAGGUAGAACACUUUGAUCUUCUGAAGCUGGAGUACCCCCAUGCUGAUCAUGGUCGCUUGAUCCCAAACGAAAGACAAGGUCUUGCUCAGUCAAACCAUUGUUAUUCAUCCUGCAUUUUUUUCUUCUUCUUCUAGUUAGUUGGUUACUUCUUUGCAUGAUUAUUGAUUCAAAUCAGCAAGCACAAGUGCAAGUGAUACCAAUAAAUAGCGUGUUGUCCUUCAAUUUGUAGUAACCAAAACUGAAGUACAAUCAUGGUGGCAAAUGCCUCUUAGUAACCAGAAUGAUACCACUCUGAUUACUCACUAAAGCACACAAUAGUAAGGUACUAUGAGCCUCCUAAUGCACACAAGUUAUAUACUAUAGAACAAGCACUUAUGUUGCGAGAUACACAAUAGUAAGGUACAUUUGUUGCAGAAAGUUUAUUUCAAUUUAUAAAAGCUAUAAAACACUCGUAUUGCGAGAUAGACCACCAAUAGGUCCCCGUAGUCCCCAAUCCAAGAGACUGGCAUGAAUUCAUGUUUUUCUUUAACUCUUCAUAGUUUGUAUCACUUUACCCAUAGAGCUCGAAACCAUAAUUGCCAUAUGCAUUUCCUUAGAUGCGAGACAUGGUUCCGAACAUAAAGCUUUUCCCAUUAUGUAUAUUAUAUCUCCCCCCGGCUAGUGGUCACUAGCCGUUGUGUCGGUUUUCGGAACCCGCACUCCACCAAGGCUUAUUAUAUAGCGCUUGUUAAUGCACCCAUCCAGCAUUAGCGUGGGAACUCAUCGCCCAUCCUACGACUACUUACCCAUGUGGAGAGUAUAAUAACUUGAUGGUAUUUGGCUCAACUCGACUUAGACGAGACCAUGGUUGAUACAGUUGUAGUACGACGCAUAAAACGAGUGAAAGUUAUUUAAUCUUAAUAUGCUAGCCAUAUGUAGAGGGCCCCACCUUCCAGUAUGUCCAUCCAGGGCACCCUCUACCCACCAAAUAAUUAUAAAAAUAAAUAAAUCAAUGGAUUAGCUGCUCCAUUAGCUAACCCAACUCUUUGUCAGCAGCCACUCCGCACAAUUUAUUACCAAAACAUUUUAUGCAAGUUGAUGAUAAGAUAGAAGAGAAUAGUUUUUUUUCUUUCAAAAAAAUAGUUCUACUCGGGAUGAUCAAGGAGAGCUUGCCUGAGUUCCCGUACUCAGACCCGGACUCAGCUUGCUUCUGUAGCGCCUCCUUCUCCUGAUUGUACUCAUUUCCUGCAGUUCGGCAAAUAUAUAUUUCGAGACUAAGUCGAGUGAAUGAUAGGGAAAUAAAAAUAUAUGUCGGUGCAGUGUGGUCAUCCUACAGUCAAAUAUUACUCUUUAUUUCUAAUGUCUUUUUACUAAGCUUGCAUUAGUACGUGUACUAGGUGUGCACCUGGGUAUGUUACUAGGCUAAUUUAUCCUCCACGUGCCCUCUCCCUUUCUCUAAACUAAACCUAUCUCUCUCUUCCCUGUACUAGUUCUGUACUAGUAGUUCUCAACCGAACAGAGCACCCACUAGUACUAUCAGUCCAGGAAGAACACAAGUAAUAGCACAGACUGAUGCUCCUCUGCUCCUUGCCCAGAUCGGCGCCACCGCCAGCGACGGGAAAGAUGCCACUGCUAGAUCCUCCACACUCUCUCUCCCCUGAUGUGAAUCCCCAUAUUAUCCCCAUGAAUUUCAGCCUCAACUCUCUAAUCCCCCUCUGUGUGUGUGUUCUUUUUGGCUUGCAGGUCAAACCCUAUUGGGGAUGUGAUUUCCCUGCUCCAGAUUGAAGUGGUCAGCGUUGGGCGCCGCCGUGAUGCUGGAUGGUGCAGGUCAGAGCUCCAGUGCGUGGCCAUGGAGUAGAUCGAACAUAUGUGCAGGGGAAUGCUAGUGCUGCUGGGAAGAAGAGAGCUUGGUCUGACUAUUUUGGGUAAAGCUGAGAUGAGUGAAACUUGGCAGUUGCUUACUCUGCUCUCCUUGCCAUCUAAUAUUUGAUAUCCACCUCCCUUGGCUGUUCGUCUUUUGAACAUCAUGCCGUCAAAAGCACCGACUAUCUGCAACUGGGUUCCUUCAACAGUAACUGAGGAUAAUUUGAAGGAUUUCUUCUCCAUAGGAUUUUCGCCAGGGAAGAAUGUUAUGUCUUACCGUGCACCUGACCCGGACGAGGAACGGCCCAAUCCAAAAAGAUGGUGAAGUCAUUGUCUUUUCCGACCACAUGAACCGUGGCUUUUCACCACCCGGCUCAAAGUUCUUCAGAGAUGUCCUCCAUUUUUUCAAAAUCCACCCUCAAGAUCUCGGGCCCAAUUCCAUAUCCAAUAUCUGCAAUUUCCAAGUUCUCUGUGAGGUGUACCUUCAAGAAGAACCGACUGUGGAACUCUUCAGAGAGUAUUUUUAUCUGAACCGCCAGAACGAGUGUACCAAUGGACCUAGCUUGGAACUUGGAGGCAUCUCAAUUCAGCGUCGAUAGGGCGCCAUCUUCCCCCUAAUAGUCUUGCCGAGUCAUCCCAAAGACUGGAAUCAGACUUGGUUCUAUUGUCAAGACACUUCACCAGCAAAUGAUAAGCCACUGCCGGGUUAUCGCGCAGAGCGUCUCGACUCCAAGUUUGCGCUCCCUGACAAACUCACUGCCGCCGAACGCAAGAAGCUUAUUCCAUCAAUUAAAAGGAUUAACACCUUAUUGGGGAACGGCUUAACCGGAGUUGACUUGACUUGUUGCUGGGUCUCAUGGCGGGUCAUCCCUCUAAGCCGCCUAUCCAAAUUGACGAAUGAAUAUGGUGGAGGCCCAAAUGACUCUCUUCAUCACAGCUCCGUUCAAUUAACUGAAGAAGAUAUUGUUUCAAUGUUGACCCUUCUGGUGAACGGCAAAUAUGAAGACUGCAGUAAAGUCGGGUUAAACCCCUUAUGCAAACUUAACCCGGCGCCAGAGGCCAAAUCUGAUUUCUGGAAAGCCAAAUAUGACCACGAAGCCGCCAAGAAGGCUAGAGCUGCCGCCAUGACCGCCAAGAAGAAGACCCGGAGGUCUAAGAAGAAGAAGAAGAGCACCGCUGAGGACCUGUUAAAGCUUGACGAUGAUACUUCUGAGUCGGAGGAUGACACGGGGGCCAGUCAGGUCGGAGAAGAAGAGCAACACGAGAGCCGUCGUCAAGCCCGGAAUGAUGAUGAGCCGCCUUCUGUUGUACAACAAACUCCUCAAAAAUGCCAAAAUGAGGAGGUUUCUCGCUCUUCUGGCGACUCAUCUCAAAUGCAAUUUCCGGCCUUCAAGACUGCCCCUGGUGGCCAAGCCAAAUCCAAGAAGGCCGAAGUGGUUAAACCGGUGGAAGACCCAUUAGUUCUUGCACCUGAACCGUCUAUGCCAACUUCUCCCCCUCAAACUGAAGCGCCAGAAGAUCCGGCUAUGACGGCUCAAUCGGACCCUCCUGAACCAUCAGCUGAUGAGACCACUCUCUACCCGGCUAUAACUGAACCAUCCAGUUCAGCUAAUCCACCGACAACCUCUGACACUGACGUCUUGGUUACUGGUAGCCGGUUUGUUGAGCCAGGGAACCCCACCAUAUUAGCUCCACACACUACUAAACAAGAAGCCUUAGAGAAGCAGAAGGUGCGGUUUAUGUCUCCCAUUACACCCAUCUCAAUGUCAAUGAUGUGCUGCCCGGCUAUCUCAGUCAUGUGCACUCCAGUCGUGACUCGGAAAUCGGGAUGGUCAAGCAAUUGCAGCUGAAGUACGAGAAUGCCUUAUCUGAAUUGGGUUCCCAAUUAACUGACGCCAAGACCCGGCUGGCGGAUCAAGAGGCAGAAAUCAAGUCUGCUGAUUCUAAACUUCAAUUAAGUCUUGCUAAGACAGAAAAACUGAAAACCAGCUUGACUACCAAAAAGAAAACCUGGGAUGAAGAAAAGACGCUGCUGACACAACGUGCCGAAAAAGCUGAAGCGGCUCUUGAGGAGGUUACCACGGAGCUGACCAGUUUAAAGAACCGGGUGUCUCAAAUGGUUUCCGCCAUCUUUGGCCCGCGAAGCAGGAAUCUGAGCCAAGAUAAUGUGACUAAACUGAAGGCGGUCUAUACCGUGGAGCAGUUGUACAUUGGCGCGCAACGAGCACUUGCUGCUAUCUCUCCUGCCAAUCAAGGACCCAACCGGCUCAGUGAUGUCUUGAAAAAGUUGUCAGUCUUACCCGCCAGGUUCCAAGAAGUCAAACGAUCAUGUGCCAGAGCUGGAGCCUUGACUGCCCUGAGCCGCUCCAAAGCCAGGGUGCCAGAUCUAGAUCCGGCGGAUGUAGACAGGGGGUACCCUACCGUGAAGGAAGACGGGUCUCCAUUUGAGCAGGAUGACUUUGUUGCUUGUGUGAGAGGAGUUCGACCUAAGGCUACCAUUCUUGGAGAUGAAACCAAUAUUGAAAAAUAUCAGCCGGGUUUUGAUUUGGAGAAUAAGAAGAUGGCAACUCCCUCUUACAAGGUGACAGAUCUAAUCCCGCCGGUUCGUCAACAUACAUUUGCUCCGGAAGUUGAUCCGGCUGGCCUGAUUGAUGAAGAAGUAGAAUUCAUUGUCGUGAACGGUUUUGACUGGUCAAAACCCAGCUUCCAAUCAGUAGAAGGAGGUGAACCGGCGAGGGAAGAGUGAGAACCAUAUUCGUGGGCUCUUUAGAGCCCUGUAAUAGAUUUAGCUUGAAACAACCGCAUAUUUACCUAUGCCAUCGUGCAUAAGAUGCCAUGUGUGGCUCUUUGCUUCUUGAUGUCAAUAUAUGCGUCAUAUUUAUGGUUA